AUGGAGCAGUCACGAACCUCAAUUCUUUCACAGCUCAUUACAACCAAGGGUGAGGAUUCGCUGGUGGUCACCCACCCAACUACUAACUCACCGGCGUGUGGCUUAAGUACGGCUGAGCGGACGGGAAGCCCUGUUUUCCACACCCUAUGGUCGUAUGUGCUAGAAUAUGUGAGGGAAAAUAUCAUAAACAGAGACCACAACAGACGGCGCACUAUUUGA